UAACUUCUCUCUCCUCUGUAGAAGAGAGAAGCGAUAUCCUUCAUUCAGACAAGAACAAGACAACACCGAAGCCAAACGAAACUAAUCCUUAAGGACGAAGAUGGCCGUCGAGAAAUUGAGCACGAUGGUGGACGGCGUCGAGAUACUGAAGCCGCGUACGGACAACAGAGAAUACAGGAAGAUUGUCCUAAAGAACUCUCUCCAAGUCCUCUUGAUCAGCGAUCCCGAUACAGAUAAGUGUGCUGCUUCAAUGAGCGUUAGUAUCGGAUCUUUCUCUGACCCACAAGGAUUAGAAGGCUUAGCUCACUUCCUUGAGCAUAUGUUGUUUUAUGCAAGUGCAAAGUACCCAGAGGAAGAUAGUUACUCCAAGUACAUCACUGAGCAUGGAGGGAGCACAAACGCGUAUACAUCCUCUGAAGAGACAAACUACCAUUUUGAUAUCAAUGCUGAUUGUUUCAGUGAGGCUUUGGACAGGUUUGCUCAGUUCUUUAUCAAACCACUAAUGUCAGCUGAGGCCACCAUGAGGGAGAUCAAGGCUGUUGACUCAGAGAAUCAGAAAAACUUACUCUCUGAUGGUUGGCGAAUGAGACAGUUACAGAAGCAUCUAAGCAAAGAAGACCAUCCCUUUCACAAAUUUAGCACAGGAAACAUGGAUACACUUCAUGUAAAACCCCAAGCGAAAGGAGUGGAUACAACGAGCGAGCUUAUUAAGUUCUAUGAAGAACACUAUUCUGCCAACAUCAUGCACCUCGUUGUAUAUGGGAAGGAAAGCCUUGACAAAAUUCAAGAUCUUGUGGAAGGGAUGUUCCAGGAAGUCCAAAACACCAACAAAACUAUCCCUAGAUUCCCUGGUCAGCCAUGUACUCCGGAGCAUUUGCAGAUUCUUGUGAAGGCUGUUCCUAUAAAGCAAGGACACAAGCUCAACGUGUCAUGGCCCGUAACUCCUAGCAUUCAUCGUUACGAAGAAGCACCAUGCCGGUACCUUGGCCAUCUAAUUGGACAUGAAGGCGAAGGAAGCUUGUUUCAUGCAUUGAAAACCUUGGGGUGGGCAACGGGACUUUCUGCUGGUGAAGGAGAUUGGACUCUUGAUUAUUCUUUCUUCACGGUUUCUAUUGAACUUACCGACGCUGGUCAUGAGCAUAUGCAAGAUAUAUUGGGGCUGCUGUUCAAAUACAUUCAGCUAUUACAAAAGACUGGCGUUUGUCAGUGGAUUUUUGAUGAGCUCGCAGCUAUUUGUGAGACAAAAUUUCAUUAUCAAGACAAAACACCACCAAUGUCCUAUAUAGUGGAUAUUGCAUCAAACAUGCAAAUAUUUCCGACAAGGGACUGGCUGGUUGGAUUGUCCCUGCCUUCUAAAUAUAAUCCAGCCACUAUACAAAAGGUUGUAGAUGAGCUUUCUCCUGGCAAUGCUCGAAUCUUUUGGGAGUCACAGAAAUUUGAAGGACAAACGGACAAGAAUGAGCCAUGGUAUAACACUGCCUAUUCUCUUGAGAAGAUAACCAGCUCUACCAUUCAGGAGUGGGUGAAGUCAGCUCCUGAUGUUAACCUGCACCUACCAGCGCCUAAUGUUUUCAUUCCUACAGAUUUGUCAUUAAAGGAUGCUAAGAACAAGGAGAAUGUUCCAGUUCUGUUGAGAAACUCCCCUUUCUCGAGAUUAUGGUACAAGCCAGACACGAUUUUCUCGAAACCAAAGGCGUAUUUCAAGAUGGAUUUCAAUUGUCCUCUCGCAGUCAGCUCUCCUGACGCAGCAGUUCUUACAGAUAUCUUUACGAGAUUAUUGAUGGACUAUUUAAAUGAAUAUGCUUAUUAUGCACAAGUUGCUGGUCUUCACUAUGGUGUGAGCCUUUCAGACAAUGGUUUCGAGUUGACCCUUCUUGGUUACAAUCACAAAUUGAGGAUUUUACUGGACACUGUUAUUGAGAAGAUAGCCAAUUUUGAAGUUAGACCUGACAGGUUUGCUGUUAUCAAGGAGACUGUCACAAAAGAGUAUCAAAAUUACAAGUUCCGACAGCCAUAUCACCAAGCAAUGUAUUAUUGCUCCCUGAUAUUACAAGAUCAAACCUGGCCUUGGACAGAGGAACUAGACGUUCUUUCUCAUUUGGAAGCUGAAGAUGUAGCUAAGUUUGUCCCAAUGCUGUUAUCAAGGACAUUCAUCGAGUGUUAUAUAGCAGGUAAUGUGGAGGAUAACGAAGCUGAGUCAAUGGUCAAGCAUGUUGAAGAUGUUCUUUUUAAUGAUCCAAAGCCUAAGUGCCGACCGCUGUUCCCAUCCCAGCACCUGACUAAUAGAGUUGUGAAGCUCGAAGAAGGGAUGAAGUACUUUUACCACCAAGAUGGCUCAAACCCCAGUGAUGAAAACUCUGCUCUAGUUCACUAUAUCCAGGUUCACAGAGAUGAGUUUGCCAUGAAUAUUAAGCUUCAGCUAUUUGGUCUCGUUGCAAAGCAACCCACCUUUCACCAACUUAGAACGGUGGAGCAACUUGGUUACAUCACUGCACUUGCUCAAAGGAAUGAUUCUGGCAUCUAUGGUGUACAGUUCAUUAUCCAGUCAUCAGUGAAGGGUCCUGGACAUAUUGAUUCGAGGGUGGAGUUGUUGCUGAAGAACUUUGAGACUAAACUUCGUGAGAUGAGUGAUGAGGAAUUCAAGAGCAAUGUAACAGCUUUGAUAGACAUGAAGCUUGAAAAAUACAAGAACUUAAAGGAGGAGUCCCGUUUUUACUGGCAAGAGAUUCAAAGGGGCACACUCAAAUUCAACCGUAAAGAGGCAGAGGUUGGUGCACUGAGGCAGCUUCAGAAGCAAGAGUUAAUAGAUUUCUUCGAGGAAUACAUCAAGAUUGGAGCUGCGAAGAAGAAGUCAUUGAGCAUAAGAGUGUAUGGGAGCCAGCACUUGAACGAAAUGGCAAGUGACAAGGAUGAAGUCCCAUCACCAUCUGUUGAAAUUGAGGACAUUGUUGGUUUCAGAAAGGCUCAGCCUCUUCAUGGGUCGUUCAGAGGAUGCGGACAACCCAAACUGUGAGGGGCUGAAUCUCAUUUUAUUAUACAAAGACGAUCAUUUUAUAUCUUCUUCGAUCCUUUCUCGUUGUAAGAAUAAAACAGGUGAACCUUAUGUUGGCAUCAAUUUCACAAAAAACAAAUGAAAUAGAUUUAAAGAAGAUGGCAAAACUAAAUAUUGAACCGUA